CUUAAGAAGUGGAGCAAUCAUCCUUACAAUAACUCGCUUUAAAAACCUGCACAUCGAGCGAGACUGCGGUAGGACAAAAAGAAAAUCCCUUCUCUUCAACAAACAUUAACAGUAUGGACUCAUUCAGCACAAAAACACUGGUCCUUCAAGCACAAAAGAAACUGCUCAGCAAAAUGGCAACCAAGUCCGUGGUGAGUGCAUUCCUAGAUGAUACUGGAAGUGCUAUUUUGGAUGACUUGUAUAAGGCACUGAAGGAACAUAGACACAGCCGCAAAGAAGCACACAAAGUGAUCAAGAAUCUCAUUAAAAUUGUGGUAAAGGUCAGUGUUCUACACCGCAAUGCUCAGUUCAGUGCUGAUGAGCGUCUAGUGCUUAAAAAUUUACGGAAAAAGGUUCGCACGCUCGCCAUGACUGCUAUUAGCUUCUGUCAGAUAGAUUUCACAUUUGACCGCCGUGUGUUGUCUAACCUGCUAACUGAAUGCCAGGAUCUCCUACUCCAUGCUGUCCAUCAUCAUCUAACGACCAAGAGCCAUACCCGCAUUAACCAUGUCUUUGGCCAGCUAGCUGAUCCCAACUUCCUAACUGCAUUAUACAGCUCAGCAGAGCCCUUUCCCACACAUCUACAUGGGAUAUGUGCGGGUAUCAACCACAUGCUGGAGGAAGGGAACAUCUGAGGAGGUCAUCCAAAGUCGGAUCAUAUAUUACAACAUCUCUCAAAUAGGUUUCAUACAUCAUUUAAUAAAAGAUGUGAACAUUUUGUUUCUGCAGUGCAAAUGUGCAUAUAUAAAAAGGAAAUAAAUAGCACUGAAAAUUCAGAUUGGAAGGUGCUACAAACCUCCAAGAACCACAGAGAGCAGUGCUGAGAACGUAUAUUGCCAUUAGCCUAAGCAGACAGACAUUCAAGAAUUAAAGCUUAAAAUAUUCUUCAAAGUUUAUUCAUCAUUGAAAACCUUAAUGUGAAGAUAUUAGUUAUGAUAUUUAGGUAAAUGGUCAUUUUAAAACUUUUUUAACGACUUAUGUUUACAAUAAAGGUAAAAUACUGUCUGGGCUCAAUUUUCAGAGCAUUCUCUGUUUAAAGUGAUUGAAAGUGAGUUGUGAUUUUUACUGCAUUAAAAAACAGUAGCUUGCUUUAACAUCAAUUCUGGUACUGUACAAUUUAUAUUGCUUUUCAGAAGAAUACAGAUUAUUUUUGUCAAAAUAUUUAGACAAUAUAGAAAACAAAAUACACGGUACACACAGAUUAAUUUAAAAGUUUUAUUUCCUGCU